UUACUUGUAAAUCUUUCAUAUUCCAUAUUCAGUACAACGUGUCGAGACUUGAAAAGGGCCGCCUCUGCCGUCUGCAGCGCUUGGUUGGAAAUGCAAAUACGAAAUACGACUUGUGGUGUGCAAGCUUUCAAUCUUGCACGGACUUGUUGGAUUCUUCACUAAUAUAAAUACGAAUGCCAAGAAUCAACGUUACUCAUUUGUUUCCGGAAUUUCGAACAGAAAAGUUAAGUGAAUCGAUUUUAGUGUUUGCCAGUGUCGGAAAAAGUACGUAACUGAUACGCAACAUGGCUGAAUCUAAGAAAAAAUGUCGACAGUACAGUGUUGAUUAUUUAAAAUUUGGUUUUCUUCCAUCAAAGGCAGAUAAGCGAUUGCCCAUAUGCCUUUUAUGCAACAAACUUUUGAGCAAUGACUCUAUGAAACCAUCGAAGCUCGAAGAUCAUCUAAGAAGGUGUCAUCCCGAUAAAGUAGGUAAAGAUUUGAAAUAUUUUCAAACAUUGAAGGAAAAAUAUGAAAAGAGACCCACUGUGCAAAGCAUGUUCGCUUCAACGUCUGAAAGUAACGAGGAUGGCUUGCGGGCAUCUUACAAUAUUUCAUUGCUUAUAGCGAAAUCUGGAAAACCGCACACCAUUGGAGAACAAUUAAUUUUACCCGCUGUUGAAGAGGUUUUGAAAACUGUUCUGCACAAAUCUCCAUUUGACAUACUCAAAAGAAUUCCUUUGAGUAACAACACUGUACAAAGACGUAUUGAUGAAAUGAGCUCUGAUAUUGAAAGUUUCUUGUGUAAUUAUCUGCAAACAACUCAUUUUUCUAUACAAUUGGACGAGUCAACUCUACCUGGUAAUGAAGCAUUACUAUUGGCUUAUGUUCGAUUUGUUAUGGACGAAGAAAUGCAUGAAGAGCUACUCUUCGCGAAAACAUUGGACACGGACACUAAAGGUGAAUCAAUAUUCAAUAUCCUGAGUGAUUUUUUCAGGGAAAAAUCGAUACCAUUCACAAACGUUAUUUCGGUGGCAACAGAUGGAGCUCCUGCCAUGGUCGGGCGAUAUCGUGGGUUUAUAAGCCAUCUUAAAAGAAUUGUACCAGAGGUAAUUGCAAUUCACUGUGUCAUCCACCGACAACACCUCGUAGCAAAAAAUUUGUGUGGCAGAUUGCACCAAUCGCUUCAAUUUGUGAUUAAUGCAGUUAACAAAAUAAGAAGCAAUGCAUUGAAUACGCGUUUAUUUGCGCAAUUGUGCGAUGAAAAUGAUGAAGAUUUUCGACGAUUGCUCUUACAUACUGAAGUACGCUGGUUAUCGAAAGGUGCAUGUUUAACAAGAUUUUACUCACUUUUUGAAUCUGUUCUACAGUUUUUGGAUAGUAGAGAUUCAGAUUUGAAAAAAAACCUGAUCAAUUCGAAAGCAGACAUCGCGUAUUUGACAGAUUUGUUCAAAAAAUUCAAUGACCUCAACUUACAAUUACAAGGGGAUAGCCUCAAUUUAAUAAAAACAAAGGGUGCAGUCUCAGCUUUUCUUGGAAAAUUGAAAUUUAUGAAGCAAAAUAUUAGUCGGCGAGAAUUUUCUCAGUUCUCAAACCUGUCACAGGUAGAAUGCCUUGAUGAGGAUAUUCAGACAUACGUUCAACAUUUAAUUGCCCUGCAUGAUGACUUUAAAAUCAGAUUUGAAGAUAUCUUGACAAUGGAAAUACCACCAUGGAUCAUAAAUCCAUUUGAUGAAACGGAAGUGGGGAUUGUGAUAUUACAAGAGGAGCUACUUGAACUUAGCACUAAUGAGGAACUGAAGGUUAAAUUUAAAAGAGGAUAUCAAGCAUUUUGGCUGCAGUCAGAAAUACCCGAAAAAUAUCCUGGACUGUGGGGAAUUGCGAGAAAGCUUCUGAUAGCCUUUCCCUCGUCAUAUCUUGUCGAAAAAAGCUUCAGUGUCGUCACAAAUCUUUUAACAAAAAAACGGAGCAGAUUAAAUAUCACAGAACGAGGAGAUUUGCGGUUAUUCCUAACAAAACUGAAGCCAAAUAUUGAUAAUUUGCUGUCAAUCCAUCAAGUACAUCCCUCCCAUUAAAAUUAUGAGUUUUUUGUCAUUAUAGUUAUAUUACGUUAUUAAUGUUUGAUUUUAUUUAUAUUGUUAUCAUAUUACAUUAUAAUAUUAUUUGUAAUAAUUACAUAUUUGAAUAUUAAAGCAAAUAUACUAUUUUUUUUAUCCCUACCAUCUGCGAAUGGGGAGUUUUCUGAAUAAAAUAAAAGAAAAUUGAUUGAUUUCUUGUGCUGCCAGUGGAUGACGAAAAAGAAAAGUUGGAUGGAAUCACUUCUUUGAUUGGCCAACUUUUCUUUUCUUACAACCAUUCACAUCACAAUAAAUCAAUUAAUUAACCAAUUAUUCUCAAAUUUUUUUCGAAAUUCGUGAUUGGAACGCAGCUUCAACGCAAAUUUUUUUUGUUUGAUUUAAUCUUCACAUUUUUUGUUUUGAAUUUUGGGAAUAUGGUAGAAAUGUACGCAGGGGGUCCAC